AUGAAACUACCAACCAUCUCGGUUAUAAUUUUAGUUUGUAUAACGCAAAUCUCGGCUCAAGUUUGUAAUGGAUAUGCCGAAUUGUGUUCAAAGCUUUAUUCAGACGUGGCACACGUUACGACUCAUAACGCUUAUGCAUUUAUGAGUCCAUCAUUAGCAGCCAAUCAAAUAUAUGACAUUAGUACACAACUUAAGGAUGGUGUCCGUGCCUUUAUGCUUGAUGGUAAUACUAAAACACCAGAUACACAAAAUGGCCCAAUAGAACUUUGUCAUAAUAAUUGUAAUUUUUUGGAUGCUGGAUUAGCCGUAGACACGUUGAAGAUUUAUACUCAAUUCUUGCAAAGUAAUCCUAACGAGGUUAUCACAAUAUUCUGGGAGAAUAUCGGCAAACAUACUGCGUCAGAAUAUCAACAAAUUUAUGAUGCAGCUGGAUUAACACAAUUUGCUCACACUCAAAAAGCUGGUGAUGCUUGGCCUACUUUAAAUCAAAUGAUACAAAAUGGCAAAAGAAUUGUUAAUUUUAUUGAUGUUGGUGCUAGUCCAAGCGUUCCAUGGUUGAUGAGUGAAUAUGAUUACGUGUUUGAAACUCCCUUUGAAAACACCGCUCUUGAUGGAUGGGUAUGUACAGUAGACCGACCAAAAGAUCAAGUACGUCCGAUGUACGUCUUGAAUCAUUUUCUUUCCGGAACACUCACAAUAAAUGGCAUCAAAACAAGUUUACCGCAACCAAAUUCAGCAAAUAUUACAAAUGGAAAAAAUUUAGAAACUCAUGCAAAGAAUUGUCAACAAACAUUUAAGGACAUUCCAAAUUAUGUAGCUGUGGAUUUCUACGAGGAACAAAGUGAUGGUGUUAAUGUAUUUUCAGUUGUUGCUGGAAUAAAUAAUGUGCAAUACACUCCUAAACAGAUAGGUAAUGGUACAACAAAAAUGGUUGUUGAAACUAGAGGAAGUGGACUAAGAAAAAAAACCACCAUUGCUAAUAUUGCAGACAACAAUAAGAUUACUAAAAAACGUUUAGCACCCGAUAAUAAAAACUCUGUUGUUGAAUCAACGACUACAAAACGUAAAUCACCACCGUUAGAAAAGGUGUAUUAUAACUAUUCACAAAUUCAUGAUAAAUUACUUUUAAAAGCUUCAAAAAAAAGAGCAGCAAUUUCAGCAAGGUACCUCAGGGCUGAAAAAUAUGGUAAAGGUGACCUUUUAAUGGGUACCAGUGUUCCGGAUAUUCGUAGCGUAUCAAAAAGUCUAGGUUUUUUGUCUUAUGAAAUGUUGAAAGAUUUAAUUCAAUCCAAGUAUCAUGAAGAAAGGAUUUUAGCCGCUAUUAACAUUGUCGACAGAUUUAAAGUUACAAAAGAUUUGGAAGAGAAGAAAAUAAUUUUUGAUUUUUAUAUUAAUGAUAUGAGACAAGGUAUUGAUAAUUGGGAUUUGGUUGACACAUCAGCCAGUCAAAUUGUUGGUGCUUAUUUGUUUGACAAACUAGAUCUUAAAGAUCAAUGGUUAUACAAAACACUGGCAAUUUCUGAAAGACUUUGGGAUAGAAGAAUUGCAAUGGUUGCCACUCAAUAUUUCAUCAAUAAAGAACAAUAUGAAGAUACAAUAAAAUUAUCUGAAAUUUAUUUGAAUGACAAGGAAGAUUUGAUACACAAAGCUACAGGUUGGAUGUUAAGAGAGGUGGGAAAGAAAUCAAAGAAAACACUGGUUAACUUUUUAGAUAAAAAUGCAAGUAAAAUGCCAAGAGUGAUGUUGAGAUAUAGCUUGGAAAAAUUUUCAAUAAGUGAAAGAAAGAAAUAUAUGAAUAAAUAA